AUGGCUCAUCAUGCAGAGUACCCAUUCCAGGAUGAGUACGGUAACUAUUAUCGGACCGCCGACGACACGCUCUGCAUGCAGGGCGAUCAUGUGAGCCAGACCGCCGACGGAGAGGCGGAUCUCUUUCCGACCAAGGUCCAGCAGCGACCAACGAACGGGAUCGCCAUCUCGAACAGCUACCAAACCUGGGGCUGCUUGCAGGGCGAUUAUGUGAGUGAGAUGUACGCACCAGUGCACGGCAUGCAGGCGUACGAUAUGUGGUCUUCGAGCUACGCGAGCAGUUCCACUUGCUCGUCGAUCAGUCCGUAUCCAGCCGUGGUGAUGACUUCAACCAGAAGAAAGAAGCCGGCGAUUGUGGAUUCGGACGUUCCGAGGGUGUCGUUCGCGUCUCUGGGCAUGCACAGAGACGAUAUUGACACCGAGAAGCUCUCCAACUUUCUUCUGAACGAGAUGACCGUCUGCGGCAUCAACCAAUCGACUUUUGCGGCCAAGAUCCUCGGCAGAAGCCAGGGAACCCUCUCGGAGCUGCUGAGACGUCCGAAGAAGUGGGACAUGAUCAAGAAUACCGGAAGAGUACCGUACCAAAAAAUGUUCGACUGGCUCUGCCUGGAUGACAACGAGAGAAUGCGAGCCCUGGAGGGACCGGACGUCAAGGGAAAGAGGUGAGUAAUUGAUGAUCCACUUGGGGACCUCUUGCAAUGGAAAUUGGUUCAGAAAACCGCACAAGGAGCACACGCCACGUGUCGUGUUCACGGAUAUCCAGCGGAAGACUUUGAAAACCAUCUUCGAGUCGUGCCAUGCUCCGGAGCCAGAGUACCUGCAGCAGAUUGGCGAGCAUCUGAGACUGAAGCCGCACACCGUCAACAACUUUUUCACGAAUUCGCGCCGUCGUCUGCGCGAGGGAAAGAUGAAGCCAGAGAACGAAGAGAACCAAGAGCUGAUUAAUGAAGACUGA